CCGAAGUUGGCCGAGACCUACUGCGUCUGCCACCUGGCAACUGGGGACAUGCUGCGGGCCAUGGUGGCCUCGGGCUCCGAGCUGGGCAAGCGGCUCAAAGAGACCAUGGAUGCGGGGAAGCUGGUGAGCGAUGAGAUGGUGGUGGAGCUGAUUGAGAACAACCUCGACUCCCCUCCCUGCAAGAACGGCUUCCUCCUGGACGGCUUCCCACGCACAGUGAAGCAGGCUGAAAUGCUGGAUGAGCUCUUGGAGAAGAGGAGAGAGAAGCUGGACUCCGUCAUUGAGUUCAGCAUUCCUGACUCCUUGCUCAUCCGAAGAAUCACUGGACGGCUGAUUCACCCAGCGAGUGGCCGCUCUUAUCACGAGGAGUUCAGACCCCCGAAAGAGCACAUGAAGGACGAUGUCACUGGAGAGCCCCUCAUCCGCCGAUCGGACGAUAACGAAACAGCCUUGAAAACCCGCCUGAAGGCCUAUCACACGCAGACCUCUCCCCUGGUCUCCUACUAUAGCAAGCGAGGGAUCCAUACGGCGGUGGAUGCCUCCCAGUCUCCCGACGUCGUGUUUGCUAGCAUCCUGGCAGCCUUCUCGAGAGCAACAUGUAAAGACCUGGUUAUGUUCAUUUAGGGCUCUGUCCCAGGACAGAGCUCUCCCUUUUCUCUCUCUCUGUCUCUCCGUCUCUGUCUCUCUGGGGCCAGGGAGGGUGGAGAGCUAAGCAGAAUAGAGAAGGAGGGACAAGAUGAUGCAGCCCAAGGCAGGGCUGCGCUAAUUCUCUAUUAAACAAGCUGUUAACGGUCUC